GAGGGUGGGACGAAGAGAGAGCUUGCAAAAGAGAGAGGUUUGCUAGCUCACCGCACAGAAAGCAGCGAGCAUCAGCGACGUUUGACAGCAUCCAAGAAGAACGCAAAUUCAACUUUCACCUGGCAAAUAUCGAUAUCUGCUCUGAAUUUUUAUUUUAAUAGUCCCUGAUGCAAAAUGUAGGAGAUAGCGGGGGAAAAACGUUACAUAUCUGAAUCGAUAUCAGGACGAGUCGUGUGACCACAACGUCUUUGAGAGAGGAAAUGUCAAAGCCCUGCGCGAGGAUAUUUUUGGUACAAAUUCGGAGAUUCUAAAUCGUUUUUCUGUGGACUGACGUCGCGCGAGUGAAAUGAAACUCGUUUUAUGAACGCACAAAGAAACGAGCACUGUUUUGAUUCGCAUAGAUCCGUGGCGAUUGCAGGCUGAGCAGAAUUCUCACUGCUUUAUUUCACCGGGACUACAGAGAAAGCUUUAUGAUUUCUGCAAAACCGCAGGCAAAGCCGUACAGUAUAUAUACUAAUUUGGCUCUGCACUGUGGCAAGAAGAAAUGCAAGCUUUCGUUUAGCAUCCUCCACAACCUUGAACUUCUCCGCUAGAUUCAGUUUUGCCAUAGUCUGGGAAACUCGAUACGUGGAAACGUUAGUCAGCCUCCAAGGCGCGUGCGACGCACAUAUCCGUGGUGCUGAAAGGAUAGCUCACGUUGUUUCUGAACAACAGAAAGGUGUCUGUUUUUCCGGAGCGGAACUAACAUCAUUACUAAUGGUUUGGUGACCUUUUCUUUAUAUGGCUUGAUGGCUCCAAUCUGAGUGCCUUUCAUGGCUGUGGCACGCAAAAUUAAAACUUUGCUGACUGUUAACAUUUUGGUUUUUGUCGGGAUUAUAUUGUUCUCGGUCUACUGCAGAAUUCAGGAUCGCUCCGAAGAGCUGGUUCAGAUCGGAAGGACCUCCGAUCAAAGAAUCCGAAGUAGGAAUGGUAAAGUUACCAACUUGGUGGACAGGCAGUCCAUUCUUCAACGGCUGGAACACCUUGAAGACGUAGUCUACAAUCAAUUAAACGGUCUGGCCAAGCCCAUGGGCCUGGUGGAAGGUCCCGGGGGGCUGGGCCAGGGGGGCAUAGCCGCCACCCUGCGGGACGACAGCCACGAGAUGGAGGGCAAGUACGAGGAGUACGGCUACAACGCCCAGCUCAGCGACCGCAUCUCCCUGGACAGGAGCAUCCCGGACUACAGGCCCAAAAAGUGCAAGCAAAUUGCCUACCCCGACGACCUUCCGCAGAUCUCGGUGGUCUUCAUCUUCGUGAACGAGGCCCUGUCGGUCAUCCUGCGGUCCGUCCACAGCGUGGUCAACCACACCCCCGCUCACCUCCUGAAGGAGAUCAUCCUGGUGGACGACAACAGCGACAGCGUGGAGCUGAAGUUCAACCUGGACCAGUACGUCAACAAGCGGUACCCGGGCCUGGUGAAGAUAGUCCGGAACAGCAAGAGGGAGGGGCUGAUCCGGGCGCGGAUCCACGGGUGGAAGGCCGCGACGGCGCCGGUGGUGGGCUUCUUCGACGCGCACGUGGAGUUCAACGCUGUCUGGGCAGAGCCGAUUCUGACCAGGGUGAAAGAAGACCACACUCGGAUUAUCCUCCCGGCGAUUGACAACAUCAAGUACAACACGUUCGAGGUUCAGCAGUACGCUAACGCCGCUCACGGCUACAACUGGGGCCUCUGGUGCAUGUACAUCAUCCCGCCACAGGAGUGGCUGGACAAGGGCGACGAGACCGCUCCCAUCAGGACCCCAGCGAUGAUUGGCUGCUCAUUUGUGGUGGACAGAGAGUACUUCGGAGAGAUUGGCCUUCUGGAUCCAGGCAUGGAAGUCUACGGAGGGGAGAACAUCGAGCUCGGCAUGAGGGUGUGGCAGUGCGGAGGAAGCAUGGAGGUGCUGCCCUGUGCCCGGGUGGCGCACAUCGAGCGCACGAAAAAGCCGUACAACAACGACAUCGACUACUACGCCAAGAGGAACGCCCUGAGGGCAGCCGAAGUGUGGAUGGAUGAGUACAAGUCCCAUGUCUACAUGGCCUGGAACAUCCCCAUGAAUAAUCCUGGGGUGGACUUUGGCGACGUUUCUGAGCGGGUGGCCCUGAGGAAGAAGCUCCACUGUCGCAGUUUCCGGUGGUACCUGGAACACGUAUACCCCGAGAUGCGUAUCUAUAACAACACCAUCACCUACGGAGAGGUGCGAAACAGCAAGGCCAGCGGGUACUGCUUAGACCAAGGAUCUGAGGACGACGACAAAGCCAUCCUGUACCCGUGUCACGGCAUGUCCUCUCAGCUCGCCCGCUACUCAACGGAAGGCCUCCUGCAGCUAGGACCCUUGGGGUCGACCACGUUUUUGCCCGACACAAAAUGCCUCAUCGACGACGGGAGAGGACGGGUCCCCAGCUUGAAAAAAUGCGACUCCGUUUCUCGGGUCUCACAGAGGCUGUGGGACUUCACGCAGAACGGUCCGAUCAUCAGCCGGGACACGGGACGGUGCCUGGAGGUGGAGAUGUCCAAAGAGGCCAACUUCGGCCUCAGGCUGGUGGUGCAGAGGUGUUCCGGGCAGAAGUGGAUGAUCCGAAACUGGAUCAAGCACCCCAGACAUUAAGAGGCCGGGGGACGGGCUCCCCCGCCGCCGCUGGCGCCCGUGACCUUCCUUCGAAGUGCCGCCACCGCCGCCGCAGCCGAAUAAUGCCCCCGCCCUGGGAGAGCGGGCCUGGGGACCCCCCCAUACCCCCCCCCCACCCCCCAAAGAGGAUGCGCUCGGUCUGCAAUGGGAUCGUGUUUACCGCAUCCUCUCACCCUCCUCCCUCCCACGACCCACCCCCCUCUCCCCCACCCACAAAAAAAAAAAAAAACCUUUGAACUUCUAAAUCUUAAGACGAAAUUGAUCUUCCUUUCCCCCACUGGGUAAUGGCUCUUGUCUUGGAACAGACAAGCUGUACAGUACAGGAUUUGAAAUGUUCUAUAUUUCAGUGUCUAAGCGAACCCUUAGAUAACGGAUCUAACUGCAAAUGGUGGCAAAGCGUGUCUCUAUCUCCCAGUGCUGUGGAAACCAGUGAACAUAAAAAAAAAAGAUUCACAGACUGCUGUCAUAGGCACCUUUUGAACAAAUUAAAAGGUAAAAUGCCAUUUGAAUUGUGAUACCAAUUGUAAUUUUGUAAAGCUGUAAAUUGCUUUGGAUAGUUGACUAUCAGGGAUACGAGGUGGUAGGUCUACUCUGAGCGCUGUUAUGUUUCGAAAAGGAGCCGUCUCUUUUCGCAAGGCGAACGGCGAUCUUUCGUUUUUCGUUUUCGUUUUAACUUAAUGACCGAUGCACAAGCUGAAAGGACAUAUUGUGUGCCUUUUUUCCAUCGUUAAACUACUGUAUGUCUGACCUGGGAAUGUGGAUCCCAUGAGCAUGUAAGAUAAUUUUACCGCAGAAGAAAACAAAAAUGACGAAUAUAUAAAUAUAUGUAAAGAUGUCACAUAAUAGUAAUAUAUUGUAAAUCUGAAAUGGGCGACAGCCUUCAAUUAACAAUUAUCAUAAUAAAAAAAUGUUUUUAUGACAA